AAGCCAUGUCUGUGACUGGUAAGCCUGCCCACAGGCUCUCCUUUGAGGAGGUGCCUUCAGAGAAUGGCUCUGUACCCGAAGUCAAAAAGGGUACCGAUGCCGACGCUGCCGAUAUGUCGAGAAUGGGCAAGAAGCAAGUCCUAAGGUCGACUUGGGAAGGUGCUCUUCUGUCAAACAGCCAAUCUUUACACAAUGGUGGUCUAGCCGGAACCGUAUGGCUUUUCAUUAUCACUUGGUUCUUUACGCUCUGCAUAAUCGCAUCAAUGGCCGAGCUUGCUUCCAUGGCACCAACCGCGGGCGGUCAGCCUCUGUCGUAUAUCGUCGGCUGGAGCUCCUGGUUGGGCUGGGUGUCAGGUAUUCCCUCUUGUGCACAAUUCCUCGCCUAUCAAGUCGAAGGCCUCGUCCUUGUCAACAAUCCAGACGCCAACCUUGGAUCACUCUGGCAGGUUGGCCUUUUGCUCUUUGCCUUCCUUUUCAUCACUUUUGGCUUCAACAUCUUCCUCUCGCACAAGCUGCCACUUGCCGAGGGUUUGAUUCUUGUGCUCCACGUUCUGGCUUUCUUCGCUUACCUUAUCGUCUUUUGGGUCAUGGCUGAUGUCGGAUCGGCGAAGACCGUCUUCACCGAGUUUUCCAAUGGUGGUGGUUGGAGCAGUCAAGGCGUUUCUUGUCUCGUUGGUCUUGUCUCACCUAUUUGGUGUUUCAUCGGUCCUGAUGCAGGUGCACACAUGAGCGAAGAACUGCGCGAUGCUUCUCGUGUGCUCCCCAAAGCCAUGAUGUGGGCGACUGUCAUCAACGGCGCGCUCGGCUGUGUCAUGAUCAUCAGUUUCUGCUUUGCUGCUGGCGACAACCUGGACAACAUCCUCAACUCUAGCAUUGGCAUUCCUGUCGUCCAACUGCUCUACAACGUCACAGGCUCCAAGGCUGGUACUUCAGUCAUGACCGUCAUACUCUUGAUCCUCCAAUACUUCUCAGCCAUCACCACCAUCGCAUCUUCAUCUCGUCAGACCUGGGCUUUCGCCAGAGACAGAGGCUUCCNNCCCUUCAGCGAGUGGCUCAGCCGCGUGGACCCUCGCUGGGACGUCCCCGUCAACUCUCUCCUACUCUGUCUCGUGGUCUCUCUCAUCCUCGGCGCCAUCAACUUUGGCUCUGAACUCGCUCUCGACGCCAUCAUGUCAGCUUCAAACUCAGCCCUCUUGUUCAGCUACAUCAUUUGCAUUGGAUGUGUGCGUCUCAAGCGUUGGCGCGGUCAACCUCUUCUGCCUCGUCGUUUCGAUCUGGGUAGAUGGGGAGCUCCUCUCAAUGAUGCAGCAUUGGCUUUCUUGGUUGUGGCAUUCAUCUUUUCUUUCUUCCCUGAAGAUGUUAAUCCCGAUGCGCCGGAUAUGAAUUGGGCGAUCGUUAUCUGGGGUGGUAUGUGGAUUUUAGCGGGUGGAUACUACUACUUCGGCGGUUCGAAGAAGUAUGUUAGUCCUGGCAGUCUUGUCAAGAACAUG